UCAAGCUGCCUAAUGCAGAUAAGAGACUCCAACACAAGAAACGGUUCACUCCUUCAUCGGCAAUGGAAGAAGCAAUCGCCCUUUACCCAGGUCCCCAGUUCCACCAUGUGGUGAUGAUGGUCGAACUCGGGAAGCUAAUUCAUCGACACCGACCCGGGUUCGCCUUCAAGUUCCUCCUAACAAACGACCACACGAGUUCCCCCGGUGCUUCCUCCUACAUCAGCGGCAUCCAGUCUUCUCUUCCGGAUGUAUCCUUCACGCAUCUCCCUCCGGUCGCCCCCCAGAAAUGCCAGAACGAGAUAGAGCUUGCUUUCAAGACCAUGCGCCUCAAUGUCCAUGGAGUCUCCGAAGCUCUUAGGAGCAUCUCCCUAACGUCUCGGGUACUCGCCCUUGUGACCUCGACGAUCUAUGCUCCCUAUGACCUCCUAAACAUCCCUACUUACUAUCACUUCACGUCUUGUGCCUCGGUCCUGAGUUUCUUCUUGUAUCUGCCAACCCUUCAUGAUCGGACAACCGGCAGUUUUAAAGACCAAGGCGAUGCCCUGCUCACGGACGUUCCUGGCCUGCCUCCAGUCCGGGCUUCCCACAUGCCGGAGCCGGUGCUGGACCGCGACAACCCCGCUUAUCCCAACUUCCUUGAUUUCUCUUCCUCCUUGCCUAGGGCUCGGGGGAUCAUCCUGAACACGUUCGACUCCCUCGAGCCUAGAGCCCUCCGAGCUAUUGCUGACGGCGACUGCGUUCCAAGCAGAACGACACCUCCUGUCUACUGCAUCGGUCCGCUGAUCUCUAACACAAGAGAUCGGGAACGUCACGCUUCUUCACAGGGCACUAAACAAGUCUGCAUUACUUCGUGGCUCGAUAAGCAGCCGAGCGGAAGCGUGGUGUUCCUAUGCUUUGGGACUGGAGGAGCGUUCUCGGAGCCACAACUGCGGGAAAUAGCCACGGGCUUGGAGAGGAGCGGCCACAGAUUCCUAUGGGCGGUGAAGAACCCACCACCGGACAUAUCCACUGAGCCCGACCUCAACAAGCUCUUGCCAGAGGGGUUCCUGGAGAGGACGGAGGGGAAGGGCAUGGUGGUGAAGUCGUGGGCUCCACAAGGCGCGGUCCUAAGGCACGGGUCGGUGGGAGGGUUCGUGACGCACUGCGGGUGGAACUCGGUGGUGGAGGCAGUGAGCUCCGGGGUGCCAAUGCUGGCGUGGCCGCUGUACGCUGAACAGCGGAUGAACAACGUAGUAUUGGUGGAGGAAUUCGGGGUCGCAAUACCGGUGGCAGGCGAUGGGCGGGGGGAAGGAGAGGGAGAGGUGCUGAUCAGUGCAGAGGACGUGGAGAGGAGAGUGAGGGAGCUCAUGGGGGAUGGUGAUGAUGGGAAGGGUAGGAUUGUGAGAGAGAGGUGUAAAGAGAUGAGAGACUCGGCCAUGGCUGCUUGGAGCCAUGGCGGGUCAUCCCUCUCUGCCUUCUCCAAGCUGUUGGACUCAUGGAAGCAUGGUGCUUUAGUUGUAAAUAAAGCUAAUUUAACUUAACUUUUACCGUAAUUCAAUAAUAUAAUUAUUAUUAUUUUUUCUUUCUUUUAAUUCUCUUUUAUAUUU